UUGAUAAAAUCAUGAAUGAAGCUGGCAGUCCUGGUGAAUCAUCCGUCAUCUAUAACGUGUUUGUUUUGUUUACAUGGAAGCUUCUGGAGGCAAAGUGCAAAAACACAUAGGCAAAGGAGAGCGGUCAUGCUGCUGGACUUGUGGUGCUCUGGAUCCCCAAAAUUCGUCCGGCUGUUUCAAGUUAAUCCAUCAGGACUAGCAGUGUCACACAGAGAUAUGAAGCAUCACUUCCAGGUGGUGGCAGAGAUGUGGUGGUCCCAGUGGUUGGUGCUGGCAGUUACGGGGAUCCAGCUGGACUGGAGGUCCGGGUUGGUGGAAGUUUCAUUGACGGUGACAGUUAAUUUUUGGCCCUGAGCGCAACGGUCACUGUUAGCAAAGGUGUAGACGAAGUAAUACUUGCUGGCUUUGUUGAGGGAAAAGGUGGCUGGUCCGUUGAUUGGUGUAUGAAUGUAGAAGCACUGUUGCAGUUAUUGUUUUCACCAUUUGACAUGUUCACGACGUUGUGUGACCCUGCAUUGAAGUAGAACACUGCAAAAAUAAUGGAAGAUCAUUGGCAUUAAAAGAGUGAAGCUCAAGUUUGAUUUUUCGGCCACUGAAGCUCAAGAUUGAUUGCACAUAAGUACGUGUAUGCAAUUUUAAUCAGGAGAUUUUAUAAACAGAGCUUUUGUAAGCUAGAAAUUACGAGAACCGUUUUUCUCUUAAUUUCAUAUGUUAGCUUUCUAGCAUAUAUGCUCCCAAAAGAAUGGGAUAUUGAGUUCUCUUCAGGAUGGUAUACAUAGAUUUGUGUCUCUCCCCUCUGUGAGAGGUUCUCUCUUUGUUGAGAGCUUUCCCGACAUCAAAAUGAUGCUUUCUUUCAGCUAUCCUUCUCCAUGAUCGUCACCCCCCAUUCUUCUCAAUCAUCCAAUAUCCUCAUAUUUGCGCUCUAUCAUCAUUAGUUAUUUCCAUCUGCUUUCUGUUUUAGUUAUGUCUCUUUGGAAUUGUUUCGUCGCAUUAGUUUUCCUAUCACUACACACUGCCCCUAUCAACUGUUCGAUGACAUUUCUGAGUUUAUUCUCUGCUAAUAUAUUUCUUUUUUCUCAUUACGGGAUGCCUGCAGAGGUUUCCUUAACAUCGCAUGUAUCUCUGGUAGACAAUCUUCUGGGGGAUCAUUUGGUUUUGGAGCAACUUGAUGAUGAGGAAGCUGAGAUGGUUUAAAUUGGAAGGAUUUUGUUGGAGAAGUGCUUGAGUCAAACUGCAUAGCUAGUGUUUGAAGGAAAACCUGGGCUGGUAUGGGUGAGAUUACCACAACCCUUAAAAAUGAGAAGAUGUAUUUGUUCCGGUUUCACGAUUGGCACCUAGCAAGGAGAGUGCUGAGUUCUGGCCCUUGGUCGAUUAGGGGAAAACGCAUAAACCUGCAGAGAUGGGAUGCUCAGAAGAGACCAGAGGACCUCUGUUUUCAUGAACUGGAGGUGUGGCUGCAAAUACAUGGAUUGGCCUUUGACCAAAUGAAAGAGAACAAUGCGAAACCUAUUGCUUGUUGGGUGGGCAAACUGGGGAAAGUUGAGUCAAUGCACACCAAAUCUCGGGGUCGUUGUGGAUUCCUUUGUGCUAAACGUUGCAGAUGCUGUACAUGUACUGUGGAGUAAGGCACUAGCUUCGUU